GGCUCAAGCCUUUGAGCGUCAGCAGGCUGCUUCGUCGGGCCCCUCCGCGCCCGGCACCACGAGCUGGAGGCCCCCUUUUUCUUUCGGGGGGCCGCUUCGCGGCUCCGUGCGCACUCCCUGACACCGUGGAAUUACUCCAGAGCUUAGCCGCUUCGCUGAUGGCUUGGCGUAGGUUAGCCGCUUCGCUUGUGGGGAAGCUCUACAUUGCGCUGGCUCUGGUCGAACCAAUUUUAAGAGCUCUACGAGCUGCUACCCCGCUGGCGCUGUGGAAUUGCCUGGCCUGCUGGCUUGGCAGGCGGGCGAUCUGUGCGAGGAGGGCCAGGCCCUCGUCACCGUGGCUGAGUACUCUGACGACACCGCCGCGGACGGUCAGCCUUGGCAUUAAACGCCGGUCCCGGGGGAAGGUGUCCAGACUUCAGGCGGGGCUUCACGCAGUGCUGUGACAGACGCCACGGCGUCGGAGUUGUGCAGGAGGGAUUCUCAGAGAUUCUCGAUUUACCUUCACCCGAUUUUAUCCUCGUCCUGGCGUCGUCUUACCAGAAGGUGGUCGAGAGGCCAGGGGAGUCCACGUCGCGAUGGGGCGGGAGCGUCGUGCAGCAUCGCCGAUGCAUCGGCGAUGUGGCUCGACGUAGAGCCCGAUUUUCUCUAAGUCGACGUCGCCGACGCAUCGCCGACGUCGCCGAUGCAUCGGUGAUGCAUCGGCGAUGCGGCGCGAUCCUCCGAGCCACCUGCUCGGACCCCAUCAAGAAGGCCUUUGCACAUCGAGAUUCGCAGGUGGCAGGCGCAGAAGUCAACACGCGGAUUUCGGGUUGGCCUCGCGCGCGCCCCGGGAGGGGGCAGGUUCCUGGUCGGAAGGAUGGCGGUAGCCACCGACACGGCGGCGGCGACGAGCGACGACGGCGUGGACGAACGACGACGGCGUGGACGAGGCUUGGCGAACGAUUGCUGCAGCGCCGUUGGAGGGGCGCUGCCUGCGGAAGGGGGAGGCGAAGAAGGGCAAGAGGGGUGGGAUGACUAGGGGGGCUGGACAUCAUGGCGGGAGGCAUAAUAUCUCCCCUGAUUUCAUGGCGCCUCGUCCUAUUUCAAUGCGUCCCCGCCCACCCACCCCGGGCCGCGCACAUGCCGCCGGCCAUGAUUUGUGCCCCCCCCCUCUUGGACGCCCCCCUCUUGGCCGCCCCCGAUGGUUGGCCGAAUGUUGACCAGCGGGUUUCUGCAUCAGCUGCGUGGGGCCUUUGGUCGGCCACGCGCAGAGAGGGGCAGGGGGAGGGAGGGUCGGCUCCCUAGAAGCACCCCUGCUACCCAGAAGGCGCGGGCUUUGUCUGUCGAUGUAAGGCCCGCGCCUUCUAAGAAGCGGCCUCCUUCUAAGAAGCCUUCCCCCCUCCCCCGAACCCCUUGUGCGCGCCGCCAAUUGGGUCGAGGCCACGCAGCCACCCUGCUGAUGGACAUCAUCCCUGGGCUGAACCAGACCGCUGGUCGCGCUGCGGCUUCAAGGAUGAACGUUCUUGUGGGUGUCCCAUGCUUCUUUGAGCUUCCCUCCGCUGAGCGGCGCCUCUGCGUAAUUCAACGGCGGGCGAGUGCCGCCUGUGCCGCCCCUUGCGCGGCGCGGUGAGCGAGCGGCGCCUGCGCCGCCCCUUGCGCGGCGCGGCGCCGCCAGUCGACCUGCCCGCUCAGUACUUAUCGAAGACGCCCACGGGCUCCCUGCCUUUUAGGAUUCGCCUACGUGGCCAAACUUUUGGGCACAGCUCGGCUACGCUACUGCACGCCAGGCCCCCCUGUGAUGCAGUGGGGGCGCGCAUCAAGACACCAUUCGCUUUUCGUCGGGGUACCCUGGGUUGCUUCGCUCCGCGCGCCGCGCGGUUUUUUCCCGCGGCCUUCAAAAGGAGCUGCUGCGUUCAGAGUGUCCAGGGCUUCCCCUCAGGUGCACCUCGCGCGCGGGCUUCCAGAUCCUCCAAGGCUUCAGGGCGCCUUCCUCGCUAAUCUAGGCCUCUCUGUGCGCGCCGCCAACUUACACCAACUCUGCCGCGCCCCCGCAACCAGCUCGGCCACCCUGGCGUGCUGCUGCUGCUGCCCGCCGCUUCGGCGCCGCACUGCGCCGCCGUCCGGGCAGACAAGUCGAGGGCGACGAAGAGCCCCUCCAUUGGUCCACCUGGCAGGCUCCUUCUCCGUCUCUUGCUCCUCCACCUCCUCGCUCCUCCUCCUCCUCCUCCUCCUCGUUCCUCAACCUCGCUCCUCCCCGCUCACGACCACGAGUGGGGAAGCUGCUGGGACUACGUGCGCAAAGAAUGGCACGGAUCGACUGUAG